AUGAGUUAUUCCACUGAUUUAUUCGGUCAUUCUUCCGAGAAUAUUCUAGAAAAAGUGGAGAGUUUCCUAAAGAAAUCCAAUGAGUCCAAUAAGUCUACUAAUUCACCAACAUCGAUUGAAUUAUUUGUAAAUUGUGUCGAGAAUCUUACACAUCCUGACGGUUCAGAGGAGCUCAUUUACGCUACAAGAGAUAUAGUUUGUAUGUAUUAUAUUCAAACUGUUAUACCAUCACUCAAAUUCGAGAAUGUAUUAACACUUACUGAGGGGUUUAUAAAGUGGAUUGUGAAUAAUCACGUCGUUAAUAUAAAGAAUGCAGAUGACUAUAGAUUUGAAUUUGGUUACUCAUUUCUCAAUAGAAAUAUAUUUUCUCUGAUGUUUAACCUUUUGGACUCAUUGAAAAAAAUUGAGAGGAUAGAGGUUGAAAGGAUGUAUUUCACGAAAUAG